AUGGCCUCGAUGGGGGGUGGGCAUCUCGAUGCCGAGCCCCUCGCUCGGUUGGUGAAGAACUCUGGCAUGCUCAACAGGACUCUCCAGAUGAUCUGUAGCAACGAAGGCGUGAACAAGAACGGAGUCAAGGCUGAGCUCCAACAACGGAUCAUCGACAGAAUUCGAGACCAUGCGCGGCGGGGAGAUGUCAUCGCAUUCAAUCGCCUGAAGGGAAUGAUCGAGAACCCUUCUUCGCUGUUGCCUAGUAAUUCACAAUACUCCAGCAUGACAAGUUCACUGUCCCCAGCUGCCACCGGUACUCCAUCCUACAUGGGCGUCGCUUCGGGCAGCGGAUACAACAUGGGGGCAGGACUGAACAACCUUCGGUUUGGAGGAUAUCAAAGUUUGGAAUUCAAGCCCAGCCCGUUCUACACAAUUCAACAGCAGCUCGCUGAAACGAAGGAAUGUCAAGUAAUGACGGCACAUCGACAUACCGUCCUUAUCAGCCUGAGAGUCUCGGAUUAUCCGAUUUUGUCGAGAGUUUUACUAGACCCAUCACUAAGAGUAAUGGUAUUCUGUGCUGCGGAGGGCCAUGGCAAGCAAGAUAUCGCCUUUCCUCACCAGUCGGAGAUCAAGGUCAAUGGGGGAGAGAUUAAGGCCAACCUACGCGGGUUGAAGAACAAACCGGGCUCUACGAGACCAGUAGAUAUCACGAAGGAGCUACGUCUCAAGGUUCCAACAUAUACCAACAAUGUUGAGAUGACCUACGCCCUGACAAAUAAGGCGAGUGGCUACCCUCUUCAAAAAUUCUAUCUACUCAUCUACGUGGUGAAGAUAGUAUCCGUGGUGGAUCUGGUGAAGAAACUGGAAACGGGCCGACGCAUAACCAAGGAAUCAGUUGUUAACGACAUGGUCGACAAGUCUCGAGACCCAGAUAUUGUAACAACUGCUACGGUCCUAUCCCUUAAAUGUCCAUUAUCAACACUGAGGAUCGACCUACCAUGCAGAUCAAUAUCUUGCCGGCAUGUCCAAUGCUUUGAUGCUACAUCGUACCUGCAGUUGCAGGAGCAGGGCCCAACAUGGCUUUGCCCUAUAUGCAAUAACUCGGCUCCUUUUGAAAACUUGGCUGUCGAUGAAUACGUCAAGGAUAUCCUGAAGAAUACAUCCCGGUCUGUGGAUCAAGUGACCAUACAACCGGACGGUAAAUGGGAGUUGCAUACCAAGCCAGAACCACUGUCGAAGUCGAACGGUGUUGCGAGUGAUGAUGAUGAUGAUCUUAUUGAGGUCACAAAGUCUGGCGACAGUGUACGAGUAAGCACUCCCUGCGCGUACGGGACACCGGCCGCCCGCGAGCCAUCAUCCACAGCGGCGAUGAACCUCGGAUCCACCAGCGGGAAGCGCCCCAUAGCCGCUGUCAUCGAUCUGACGUCCAGCGGCGACGAAGACGACGAGCCGUUAGCUCGGCCGGCGAAACGGCAAUACAAUAAUGGCUAUGGACAACCUCCCGACCCCAGCACGUCCAUGUACCGGCCGUCGUCGGCAACAUACCCGCGCUGA